AUGCUGCCGCCGAUUCUCAACAACAUUAACAGCGACAUACUGACGCUGUACACGAACCCCGGAAGCGGAAGGAGCGUGGCCACUCGGGCCGCUAGGGGCCGUUACGCGGAGAUCGGCGUCAAAAGGAGCGAUGUCUUCCUGGAACCGUAUCUGCAACAGCAUGGAACCGUUCAGGUUGUCAGCUCGCCGAGCACGCCUCCGCCGAAUCCGCUGCAGCAUCAUCAGCUUACGCAGCUACGUCAUGUACAGAGCGAGGAGUCGCUGUCCUCGGAAGGGUCGGCCACCUCGGGUGGAUCUUCGAGCUCGACGGAAGAUUCUGGCAGCGAGGUCGCGUGCGACAUCACUCUGAUCGAGAGGCUUAUACGCUCCCAUCCGAUCUGGUUCCUUCCUGGCAUCCAAAGAGCCGGCGCUUUCCACUUGUUGCAAGGCAAAGAGGAAGGGAACUUCGUGGUUCGACAGUCAAGUCAGAGCGACACGAUGGCCCUGUCUGUGCGGCUACCACCAGGAAGGGGACCAUACAUCGAGCACUACCUGAUCCAAGCCAACAGGGGGAAGUUGAGCUUGGAAACUAGCGAGAACAGGUUCGACAACAUCCCCUCGUUGAUCGCCCACUAUUCUCAGUGUUGUAGUGACGAAUUGCCGGUCCAAUUGACACUGCCAAGGGCGAUGCGCGAGGCCAAGAAUAGGCAGCAACUCUCCUCCCUGGCGCUAUUGGGUCAGGAAUUCUGGAGAUACCCGAUGGCGAACCCGAAGCCACCGGAAAGCAGCAGCAGCAACACUUCCAGCUUAAGCAGCUUCCGUGGUAACAACAAUAUGAACAAUAACAACAACAAUAAUGUUCAUACACCGACGACGGAGAGUAUCGUGUUGAAUCUAGCGCCUAUUUCAACGCACGAUACACGAAGCUCGUCGCCGACAGCCGCUGUAACAACAUCCACCUUCGCCUCGUCGUUACUACGUCAACCACGGCCAACACCGCCAAACACCUUGAACCUAACAACGUUCAACGAACCGUUAGACCUGAAGAAAGACAAGAUCUCAUCAAGCGACAAAUUAUGCCAAAAACUGAUCUCUCCAGGUCUGGUACAAAGCGUUCGUUGUCCAUCUCCUGUGGUGCACAACGUGGAAAGCAACGUGUUGAGUCCUGUGCAGGACACUAAAGUCAGUUUCGAGGCGAAAGCCGCAGAGACAUCGAAAUCAACGGUGUUGGAACUGUCCAGGAGUAGAUUUACCUCUGUCAGUACGUCCACGUCGAAUUUCCAUCAAAACGUGUCGACGUUUAAUAAUCUCUCGUGUACCACGUCACCUGUGCUACCUGAGAUUAGGAACAUUAUCGCUGAAAAUCAUUCUAUGGGACAGAACGUGAAGACUCCUCCACCACCACCACCUAGAUGGGCUAAACCUGGGAUUGGACAGACGCAGAAUAAUUUCACUGUCACUACUACUGUAACGUUCAAUGUGAAUCAGACGAACGAUGUCAUCAGUAGUUCACAGAACACGCCGUCAUCGGACCCCAACACCUCUCUGCUGAGCCCUCAGAGCGCCACGUCGAACAAAUCUCUGACGUCGAAUUUCUCCAUAAAGUCCCCCUUAUCACCAACGACUCCAGUGCUCUCCCCCAUGUCGAAGCUAGUCCCCAACACAGGCGUGAAGACGCCUAACGUCCUCUCUCCUACCACACCAUCCAGCACGAGCAAAUCUAAACGGAGACGCGACAGAGAGGCUAGGAAGAAUUCUCAGCACUACCAAGAAUCGGACAUCCUGGAGUCUUAUUAUCGAAGCUCGCCUGGAGACAAGAUCUCUGACUACGAGGACAUUUGGAACACGACAGAUCAGUCGAAUCAUUCUACCUGGUCGCCAAAUGAUAAGCUUGCAAGGAACGACGGGCCAGCGAAUCCUCAGGACAGACUGAGGAACUCGAACGAUCGGCUGAUGGUCCCAGAGAGGACUCUACACCCGGCUGAGAGAAACUAUAACGAUCGACUACCUACGAACGAGCAGCUGAUAGUGAGGAACGACAGAAUGAUCGUUAGAAAUGAUAAGUCGAUUGGGAACGAGAAGCUGAGUUACAAGGAGAUGACCAGUCCUGAGUUCAGCAGCUUCAAGCCUGUCCAAGAGGCGAAGCCUGUUGAGCAGACCAAUGGAUCGCCGGAGGAGACCGGGAUGGGAAGGAGACCUGACCUGUUGUCUCGAGUUUCAGGCAGCGCGAAUUCCUUGAACAGUCCAAGCACGGUGACACCUCCCAGGAAUAAAUUAGGCCUGAUGUUGGCCAAAUCGGAGAGCAACAGCCCAUUGACGCCGGAAUCGAAGCAGGGUAGCCCGUUCUACGCGGAACCAGCGGACGCCAUAGCGCAGAACGUGGCGAUAAUACCCAGAAGACGGCCAAGGAACAAUCCAGCAACGAAUAAAUAUCGACAUAGCGAGCCUGGAUGGUUGCAGACGCCAGUAGGCGGUAAUCCUAAUCAACUUCAUCCCAUUGACUGGGAGGAAACGGAAGAAACUGAGGAUAAAACGCCUCUGAUCUCUUCCUCUGUGGAUAAUUUGGCUAAGAGACUUGGCACCAAAGAGGUGAAGAAAAUCCCACGCGCUAAACCGGUGCAACCACCAAAGAUCAGAACCAAGGUGUUUGACACCUCCUGGGCUGUGGAUUCCAGCUGGGAGUUCAUUGGCAACGAAGGGGACGAUUGCGAGCCAGACUACGACUGUGAUGCGGAUUACGAGGGCGAUAACGUGGCUAGAAAGUUUCCGGACGAGGAGUGCCACAGGGACGUUGUUGGGAACACUUUGACCGUUCAGAGUAUCAUUCUCCAACGGUACCCAGAGCUGUUGAAACCACCGGACACGUCGGAGUCGCUGUAUAGCGACAGGAACUCCUCGUACGACAACGUCGAGAAGAGAAACGAACGGGAGGAGAGUUUAGACACCAGAAAGGACCAAACCUACGACUCGUCCGAGUGGGAGACGCAACUGGAGACGGACGAGAGCGACAUCGAGAGGAUGAAGAGGAACAAGAGCUUCAAGGAGCGCCUGGAUCCUCUUCUCUCUCCUCCAAGGUUGCAAGCCCUCAGGAAUCGCGAGAACGGAGGCACAGGCUCCACCAUUAGGUCGUACGCUCUUCAAUUGGCCGCAGACAAAACCACCACCUUCUCUCAGAACAUCGACAACUUUAUCCAGUGCACGAAGGAGGGAAAAGAAGCCAGUCCACACGUGGUGAUGAGAAACAUGCGGCAGUUCAUGUCAGGGAUGAAGAAUUACCUCGUGAAACACGGCGAGAGGGAAUUCGAGAAAGAAGUGGAAAAAGAGAGGCUUAAAUUGAAGGCCAAUGAGUUUUUGAAUCUGGACGCCAUCUUGGAAGGAGUAAUGAUGGGUCUAGUGGUCAGGCCGCUCAGGGAACACGUUUACAGACUGUUUGUGGAUCAUUACGCGACUACUGGUUCGCUGCAGACCCUAGCAGAAAGCAUCCAGCACGCCCAGGGGAAACAUGUCCAGGACCUCGGUGUUCGACCAAAGAUCAUACCUCCAUCGGAGCCGAGUCUGGAACGGAUCUUGAAGUACAUAGACCGUCUCCAGAAAGCAGAUUCACCACUGGAUAAGCUGGAGAACCUUUUAGCUGCUAUAUCGGCGAUCUUCAACUCCACGAUCUUCUACCUCUUCUAG